UCUUCACUUACCUAGAAGGCAAAAGAAAAUUUUCUUUUCUUCAGUUUGUUACCGAAACGCAUACGAUUCAGACGCAGAUUGUGAAUUGUCUAUCGCUUAGCUGUUAUUGGUGUACUGAGUCUACUUGUAGCUAAUGCUAACUAUCCUCCAAAAGUAUAUUACACGCAAAUCUGUCAUUCUCUUUUCAUUUUUGCUUAUCGUUCUGCGUGAAAAAAAUAUCACUACUGGUUAAAAUAUUUAAAUAUAUAAAAUACCACUAGUAUUAAAAUAUAAAACAAAAUAAGUGAAAGUUAUAUGAAUAAAAGUAGAAAAUUUAUCUGAAAUAUACAUAUGCACAUAUUUUGAGUGCCAGUGAGUGCAACGCAAUAUGACAAUAGUUCGUUUUUCUAUCUUAAAAAUUGUCUAAAUACUCUAGUUCAAAUUCUAGUGCCACAUAAUUAAAAAAAAAGAUUUGGAUAUCAAUUUGAGGAAUAUCACAAAGACCUUGCCAUGAAUCUGAAGAUUCUGUUCUUAACUGCCUGCCUAUGGUUCAUAGUAAGAUCGGCGUCAACAGCCGACAAAUGGUCUCGGCAAUUAGAUGAAACGGGCCCAGGGACGGAAGCAUAUGACUGGAUACCAGUAGCGCAGCCAGUUGAUGCAAAAGAGCGUGCGGGACGUGUUAUCACCUAUCAACAAAAUUUUCCCCCAAACGCAGCUUUCGGAGAAAUACAAAAACCCCAUCACGUCUCGCAACAACAACAAAUCCAGCCAUUUGGGUUUCCAUUCCAUUUUCAAAGAUUUCCCCAGCCUCAAACACAGAUCCAACAUAAUCAACCUCAAAUACACCAGCAGCAACCUAUCCAGCAGCAUCAAAAGUUAGGACUCCAGCCACAGCAGCCAACCUCACAAUCGUUUUUCAAAUUUGAAAUGCCAUUUAAUCGUGAUGGAAAUAGAAAUCAGGACAGUUCUCAGGGCGUGCAAACUGGAUAUCAAAUUCAACACUCUUCCUUUGGAGCCCCGCAAUCAUUAUUCCAUUCACCAUUGUUUACUCAAAAGCAAGUUUUUCCUCCAGAAUUCCAUCCUGUUCCACGUCCUCAACAGAGCUCUCUUCAGCAAGUAUCAAAGCCAAUUCAGCAGAAUUUUAUUGACGAACCUCUUAAGCAAAACUUCCGUGACCCGAUCCCAACUCAUAGUAGCAUUUCAUCAACCUCAGCUGCACCACCCGCAUUUAAUUUUCAACAUAAUUUUGAAUUACAAAAACCGGCCUCGUUUCAAUCCCAGUUGCCAUUUCAAGCCCCUUCAUCAACAGCAUCAGCGCCAGCACCACCAGGGAAUACACAACAAGAUCAAGAAGUGCAGCUUUUAUAUGUUCCCUAUGACACAUUAUACAAUCAACAAAGAGCUGAAAACCCAGCCUUCGAUAACUCCAAAUUUAACCAACAACCUAACGUACAACAUGUCAACCCCUACCAAAUCAAUGACUUCUAUACACCAGAGACCCUCCAGCCACAAGAUCCUAACCGCUUUAUCGCUAGUACUACCUUGAGGACAACAACCACAACAUUAAAACCCACUACACCAUUCCAAAACUACUUUGGUCAACAAUUCACGACACCGAAACCUAAGCCCAAGGCUCAUCAGCCUCCCUUGGCUAUGUUCUUACUUAAGUCAUCAUCGCGACCAACUCAAAGUGAUGUUGUCAAUGCCUUGAGAAAUGCUAAAACUAUCGCAGUCUUAGAUGCACCAACAUCUCAAGCUCCAAAUGUAUUUGUAGGACCGGCAGGCAUGCAAACUCCCAACGGCUAUGCCAAAUUUGAACUGCCUUACCUGUCACAGAUUGCCCAAAAUAAUAAUUUUGGGGAAACAUCAUUCUUUGUUGCUCCUUUGAGUUAUCGUACACCAGCCGGAUUUAAUAAAAUAUUACUCCCCGAACCCCAUGUUGGGUCGAUUGUCGUAAACCGACAAAGGGAAACUUAUAAUGAUGUAAGAACCACAAAGCAGCCGACACCGCAACCUGAAACCUACAAACAGUACCAAAAUCGUCCAUCAUCACCUCCUGAAACUGAAAACUAUCCUCAGCCGCAAUUUGAAAAUUACAAUAAUGUACGAGUAGCAAACAAGCCAACCUCACAACAAUCCGAAGUAUAUAAUAACGUAAGAGGAUAUAACCAAGCAACACAGCAACCCUUACGAGAAACAUACAAUAAUAUAAGAGGGUCAACUCAGCAGCCAACACAACAACCCCAAAGGGAAACUUACAACAACAUAAGAGGAUCCAAUCCAGCACAACCUAAUCAAAAUAUCUUCAUCACCCCAACUCAGAAUGAAAUUCAACAGUUCCCUAGCACCACACAGCGUAACCGUCCCGACACUACACAACGAACAAAAUCAACCACGAUGAAAGAAUAUUAUCCUGAAAUAGUUCGCGAUGUUCCAAAAUUGGAAAGAGGUCGCUACCCGUAUGAGGCAACAACUCAAAGGCAACCCACGGGUCCCAGUCGCGGUCAUAAGUUUUCAGAAAUAUCAACACAGUCGAAUUAUUACCCCGAAGCCAUCCAGGAGGUUACUUCUCCAAAGAUAUACAAACAAGAAAGGAUAAAGCAAAAACGCCCAGAGAACCAAUACUCGGACAACGCUCGACCUUAUGCUCAUUUCAAGCCCAUUCCAAACAACAUACCUCCUGAAGACUUUUACAAAGUUCAACCAAUAAGAACAAGUUCUCCAACAACUACUACCAGCACAUCAACUACGACAACAACAACUUCCACAACACCCCCACGCACCUAUUUCACACAAACUUACCCAACAAGUCCGCAAAUCGACUUUCAGAGCACUCACGGCCAGGUUUAUCAUAAUUCUGAUGUUGGUGGAGAUCGCUUUACCACACGCCCUCCAAGUCAACAACAAGAUCUUCAACAAGUUUCAGAUGAAGAAUAUCGUAUGAAACAAUAUUACCGCCAGCAAGACGCCUUCCGUAAUCGUCCUUCUUACCCCUCUAAGAGCACUUCAAGGCCCACCGUUGAAAGCAUUCCUUAUACAUCGGUAUCAGUUGAUUAUGAUCGUGAAGUACGAAUCCCAUCUUCAACGCCAACCUAUUACACAACGACUUCAACCACGCCUAGGCCUGUCACACAACGCCAAAGGGUAACAUUUUACCAUCCCACUACAACACCAGCGUAUGAAGAUAAUGUUAACACAGUUCCUCCAAGUGAACAAGUUUUCGAGUUUUCCAGAGAUCGAGAUGUUCAAACCACGCCUCCCCAACAAGAACAAAAAACGCAAGUGCCCGAAAACCACAAACUUAAUUUCUCCAACUCAAACCUCAAUAACAAUAACAAUAACAACAAUGAAAUUUCUACCCAAGACGGAUCUGAGGUAGAAUUUGAACCUAAUCCCUAUCAGUUGCCAUCAGAGUUGCCACCUCUAACACCAAAUCUUCCAGGACUUGUAAAUGGGCUCAUUGAUAAGGAGCGUCAAAAUGGUGCUGACGGAGAGACAACUGUGCAAAUGGAAGCUACAACAAAACCCACGCCAUCGACAAGGCCAACAAGGCGACCAAUAAAUCGAGUCAAGAAGCCAGUCGUAUCAAAAGUUUCACAGUCAGUUUCCUAUUCAAGUUCCGAUUAUUCCACCCGGCGACCACUCAACCGGACACGAAGGCCAUACACUGCAAGAAACUAUACCUCCUCAUCUACAUCUACAACUGAACGUUCUUCCACUACAAGGUCGCCACUUAUUCGCAACCCCAACCGGAUAAGGUAUAAUCCAACCCCCGAAGAACGCCAGUCGCUGCGAAUUAAAAAUAGAAAGAACGCAGCAGGAGGCAAAAAAGAAGAUAACAGUGAUGACCUCGAAUACCAACGAGAUGUUUUAAAACAGAAUUAUCCAGUCUUCAAGCCUGCCAAUAGAAGAACGACUACGACUCCAGUUCCAAAUUCUACUGAAAGACCAGUUUCAGAAUCACAGCAGGUUUUUACUGUGACACCAAGUUCUGAGCAGAACUAUGACGGGCUUAUUGAACCAAUGCAGAUUGCACAACAAUAUCAGGAAUACCCUCAGACCAACUAUGGACCCGGAUACUUUCCAAACGAGGAAAAUACUGUACCAACCGAAGCAGUUGGCAGAAAUGAAAUCAGUCCGGUAUAUUCAAGUUCAUCAACUACAGAAGAACCUCAAGCCACAACACGAAGAACUCCAUUUAUCAGAAGAGGUCCAAGAAUAAGGACAACAACAGACUCCCCUACGACAACCCUAGCACCAACUACAUCACCCAGUGAAGAAAGAUAUACGGUCCGAGCAAGAGCUCCUCCACGGAGGAUUGUAAAAGUUCGUGCUCGCACAAGACGUCCUCACCCAGCAUCCUCUACAUCAACUUCUCCACCAGAAGAGUCAGAAGACGAAUCCCAGCCACAAGGCAACAAUGUAAACAGGCUCAAUAGAUUCAACCAGGACCUCUAUCAGGAUGAAAUGUCACAACGAAGACAGCGAAUCAAAUCUCAAUUUCAUUUAGAACCUCAGGAGUCUCAGUGGUCACCGUCGCUUUCUGGAAAGUCCAUUAACAACUUCCAGCCAUUGACAGAGAAGGACGAUAAACCUUCCAAAAAAGAGUAUGCAAAUGAACCAGAAAUUGUAACUGCUAGCCCAGACGCUGGAAAUUCGGAUUCAUAUGUUUUCAAUGUAUCAGCAGGAUUUGGCCCUACAGCGAAUACACAUUUUAGUUCGAAAAUUAGUGAAGAGAAAACAUCUAACAACUCAAAUAAAAGUGAGAAAUCUUUUGCUGACUUACUUGAAGAAGUAAUGUCAGAUAUUGGAAAGGAUUCUGAUGUGAAGUCCACCGAUCCCACUUACUUUGAAUCUCAGAAAAUGAAUACUAAUUUAAGUAGGAAAGGAAAAUGGAAAAAGGGCAAUGCAAGUGCGGCUGAAAGUUUUGAGACCGCUGAAUCUCAAAAUAUUGGCACACAAUUUUUCAAUUCCCUUUAUACUGGAAAAAUAGAGAAGUCUACAACGGCCACUUUCGAAGAAUCCUAUGCAACGACAUCUGCCAAGGUAGAACCUUUGGCCACUACGACUUCUUCUCCGGUAGUAGAAACUGAACUCAAUUUCGAUACGAUAACAACAAGUCCAACACCACAAGAUGACAAUAAUAUGAAAUAUCUCGAAGAAGCUGAAGAACCAGUUCCAACCACUUCACUAGAAAAUAUGCCUUUAGACAGUGAACCUGAAAGUAUAACUCACAGGAUAGAUGACCUAUCGAAUGUCGAAGACCUUGACACUCAGCCAAGUGUAUUUUCUGAAGUUCGAAAACAACUUAACGAACUUUUCAGAGGUGACGAAAACGAUCCAGCCACUGACGAUGAAGAUGAUAAGGACUUUGUUCAGCCACAUAAGUACGAAUACACUAGCAUACACAGAGUCCGAACAACAUCUGACAGUAAUCCGCCCGAUGCUUCCGCAGCCGCAUUGACAGAAAUUCCACAAAAUGGUAAUGCCAACAUCUUCCACAAGAAUCUUAUGAAAUCAGUGGUAUACGCAACAUCUACAUCAACCAAAGAAGAAGCUCCUGAAACAGAAAUUUGCUACAGAGGUCGUUGCAUACGAUCUGAAGACCUACCUUCUAAUCACAAACUUCAUUAGAAGCUCAAAUCUAAGACUAAAUAAUUUAAUCUUGUUCUUGUAAUGGUAAAGCUAUUUAUUUCAUAACUGUAACUUUAUCUUAUCGUAAAUUGUGCAUAAUUCUUUUCGUAUCGAAUAAUGCAGUUUGUUGAAAGUCAUUUCAGUUGUUUAUUUUGAGUGCAUUUUCAUCUGAAAGCAAGUCAUUUAUCGUGUUUUCUAAAUUAAUCUAUUUCUAUAUCUUAGACUAAUUUAGAUAUUUAUGAACAUAAUAAUUUAUGGCGUUUAUAUGUAUUUCCACUCAUUUAUGUAAUUUUAAAAAUUGUAUCUUAAUAAUUAACUCGUUUCUAAGAGCAUUCAAUUAAGUAUUAAAUCUUAAUUUUUACCGAUUUUCAAACAUAAACAUUAUGAUUAAAUUAAGUUAAGAUAGUAUAAAGAUGUAUAUUUUUUAUAG